AUGGCCUCAGAGAGCCCCCGAGGACGACCACCUCACGCCCCUCUUGGAGUGAGUACCUGGGAAGUGGGUGUACAAUUCUUGGACAAGGGCGAGGAAGGGAGCUGCCUUGUCUUCUGGUCCCCCGACGAGGAGCGGGAGGCGGAGGCGGAGGAGCAGGAGGAGGCGAGGAAGGCGUCUGUGGAUGAGGAGUGUGGGAGGCACUGGGACGCCGAUAGACCCACUGCCAUUGGCACAGCCACUACCUUCUCGUGGAAGUUCGACGCGGGCGAAGAGGACGAGCCCGAGGACGACGUCAGCCCAGACUGCAAGGUUGAGACCUACGCCACCCACUUCGCGUCGACCCAAACAGUGUUCCAAGUCCGAUACGGUGCUGCGCCCGCGGUCAUGGGCGUGAGUAUGGUUCAGGUGAAGAAGGCCAAGGACGGCCUCGUGCCCUACAUGAACGACAACAACGAGGCCGUCGACCAGAUGCCGUACCACGUACACCUCACGUACAUCCCCCGAGACACGCACAAGGGUCUACACUCCAUGUUCCAUCAGCUGUACUUGCCGCUGUGUGAACGCCUGGGCAAGAGUGACCGCACUGCCUACCUGUCGUCCCUCGCGCAUAAUUUCUCCAGGCUGAGCGCCCUGCGAGAGCCCGAGCCGCCGCUCGACUACGACUCCGACAACGACGACGAGGGCGCCAAGAAGUCGGCGGCGGCGCGAGGCGGGAUGGCGCGCGACGCGGGCGAGGAAGGCGAGGAGGAGGUCGAGGGCGGCGCCACGUCGGGCGGCGAGGAGGAGCAACCUCGGAGGCACAAGAGCCCCCGGAGGCUCGUCCUCAACAACGUCCAACGCCUCUACGAGAAGUACUCGCAGCCCGUCGCCGGCACAGGCCUCGGGGACCUCCGCCAGACGUGGGUCGCGAGAUUCAUGGAGCUCUCGGGCCAGCUGGCUCACGUCCGCGCGCAUCCUCUGGUGUGCGAGGCCGAGAGAGCAGGCGAAGAGGCCACGGCCGACGGCGAGGCGGGCGGCGAAGACGCGGGUGGCGAGGGCGCGACGACCAGCGAGGGCGCGGCGAAUGAGGGCGCAGAAGGCAAGGGCGCGAGGAAGGGCAGCGUCAAAGAGGCUGCCGCGAUCAAGACCACGAGCAAAGAGACCGCGGAGGCCGAAGAAAAGGAGAACCUGCUGCUGGCAGUGAAGAAGUCCUCCGAGCUGCACAACAGCAUCAGCGACUGCUAUCGCUCCCUCUUCUACCUCGAGAAGUUCUUCCAUAUCGUGAGCGAGGGCAACCUGGAGACGCUGUCGGGUCACGCGGCGGCGCUGCUGGAGAUCCUGGAGAUCGUGUGGCGCGUCGGGCGGCGCGACGGAAUCAGCUGCCGAGUGCAGCAAAUCCUAGAAUCAGCUGUGCAGAGUCUAGUGAACCUCGUGACCAAAGAGCUGCGUCCGGUUAAUUUACUGCCUUCUGGAAUGCGCGAACAACAUCCUUUCCUAGUAAGUUCCAAGCGUCAGCGGGACGGACGUCAGGACUUCGACCCCAGGAAAGUCCUCGGCACAAUCGCCAGCCUCAAGUCGGUGUGCGAAGACCUCCAGGACAUCAUGGAGGUCAGUCUCUCAACGGGAAUAAGUGAAUAUGUUAUAUCUACAAGAGAAAGCUUUGAGGUGCUCCUGGAAGCGCAGGUGGGGUCCUCCGGCGAGUGGUCGGCCCUGAUCCGCGUGCAGGAUCCCGAACAGCUCAAGAACAUCACGGCGCAGGUCCUACGAGUCCUCACGGCCUACGACUUCAACAUCUUCUCCAGCAGGAACCACGACCGCUGGAUCAGGCAGAAGGACGACUUCCAGAUCGCCGUGCACAAGUGGGAGCAGGCCGUCGUCGCCGCCAUCCACGAGAGCUUCAAGGACAGGAUGACGUCGGAAUUGGUGACAGCUGUGGCGGGCGUGUUGGCCAAGCAGCCCUGUAGGACCUGCUUCAGGCAGCUCCUCAUCUCUCGCCUCCCCGACCUGCUCUCGGCCUUCGCGGCUGAGGUCAAGGGCAUCAGGGCGGACUUCCAGGCGCAACAGAAGGUGGAGCGGCCGGGGACGCAGGCGCCGCUGUCGGGCCGCGUGCGCUGGAUGACCAGCUACCUGACGAAGCGGCUGGCGGCGUGGACCACGCUCAAGCAGCUCUAUUCGCAGUACCAGGGAUCUGGCGCGGGUGGAGAGCUGUGGGUGGAGGUGGGUGCGGAGGUGGAGGAGGUGCAAAAGGAGGUGGAGCAAGCACGGGAGAACAUGGUGCUGCAAUGGAGCGAGAGAGUGACGCAGAAAAUCCCGAAGUUGCUGGUGACACCCGUCCUCACGCGCGACCCUGGCCAUGAAGGCGUCGGGGGGUGGAAGGUGCAGCUGCCAGGCGAGUUGCAGUGGGUGGUGUGGGAGGCGGGGCAGCUACAGCAGGCCGGAAUCCGCCCGCCCCAGCUGGCCGCCCAUCUCACGCUCCAUUACCAGACGCUCCAGACGGCGGCCAUGGGACUCCACCUCACGCUCAAGGACUACCACGCGGUUCUCGACCAGCUCAGCCCCGUGCAGCGGGAACUCUUGCGUGCUGAGUUGGCGGGCGCUGACCGAGUGCUUGCAGCGGGCCAGCGGGUUGUCACGUGGUCGCCGGCGGCCCUCACGCACUUCAGCACCUGCUGCAGGGGCGUCGUGGAGCACGAGCUACUGGAGGAGUGCAGUCAGCGGCGGGAGGAGGAGGUGAAGAAGCUGAAGGAGACCUACGAGACGCUGGUGAGGACUCUGAGUUCGGCUGGCCUCCUGGUGGCCGGGGCGGAGGACGGCGCCCCCGAGAGUCUCGCCGCCCACAUCCGCGCCGCCCCCGAACUCAGGGUCCGGCUGGCGCCUUUCCUCGCCCACUGGAGGGGGAACGUUCAGGAGGCCAUCACCAUGAUGCUCCUGAACAGCGUGCACGGCUUCGAGAAGUGCCUGAAGGGCGUCAGCGUCGUGUUCGGGGUAGAGUGCGCCCUCACGCCCACCUGCUCCCUCACGCUGUCCCCGCCCGCGCGCUCACUCUCCUGCACCCUCGCCGGCGCCCUUGGACACACCGUGCGCACUGCCAUGAUGUUCCGGCACUGGAUGGAGCUGGAGGACGGAACGGCGGUGCUCAACCCGGCGCCCACGGCUGACGACGACACACUGGCCGCCUCUACCUUCUACAGCCAGGUGUCGACGGACCCCCGCCUCCACGACGCCGUCGACAGUAUCCAGAGCACUUUCGCCUCCGUCAUCCAGGAGCUCGACAAAGAGCUGCAAGGCUGGUACUCGUACGAACACGUGUGGCGACGCGACAAGUCCUCGACGGUGACCAAGUUCUGCGCCCGCGGCCCCUCCGUUAAGCAGUAUGACGACAAACUGCGCUUCUACACCCACUUGGCCUCGGAGCUCUCGCAGGCGCCGCAGCAGGUCACCCACGGCUGCGUCAGCUCCGAUUUUAAGUUCUACGGAUCAAGUUUCAGGGAUACGCAGAACGACUAUGAUCAUGAAGAAUUUCUGGACGUAAGGAAACUAGUGGGCCAGGUGGUGGGUCACACCAGUGAAUGGGUCAAGCUCUUAGGAACAGGACUCAUGAAGGAGGCGAAGUCGCGCCUGCAACACGUGCUGCAUAAGGUCACGACGGUGAACAAGGACCUCCAAACAGCCCCUGAGGAUCUAGUUGCUCUGACGGUGGUGAUGCGGGCCGUGGGUCGUGUCAGCCAGGACCACGCCCACCUGCACACGGCGCUCCUGGAUGUCCGCCAGAUGUUCCACACUCUGCAGGUCUAUGGCAUCGUGGUCCCGAGGGAUGACCACGAGCAGCUGGAGGAGACGUCGGCGCGCCUGGACGUGCUCCAUCACACGGCGACCUCCGUCCAGAAGAACAUCGAGCCCGUCCAGAAGUUCUUUCUCGCCAACACGCAGAAGAAGGUGGCCGAAUUCAUCGCUGUCGUGCAAAAGUUCUGCGAGAGGUUCGAGUCCCAGGGACCGGGCGCCGUCGGGGAGGACCUGGACAAGGGCGUGGCCCUCCUGAAGGAGUACACCGAAGAAGUUUCUCAGCUGCUGGAUCAACGUCGCGUCCUGGACGAGGAGGAGGACGUAUUCGACCUGGCGGCGACGCAGUACCCGGGUCUCGACAGCGCUAUCCAUGUCAUGGACCAGAUGAGGGACGUCUUCAACGUUUACAAGCAGCUCAGGGCCAUCGAGACCACCUGGCGCACGAUGCGGUGGGCGACCGCCAAGCUGGACGAACUCAAAACGGAGGUGGAAGAGGUGCGGGAGGCGCUGCUGGCCUGCUCGGGGGCACAGGAGACCGAGGUCGGACGCUCCCUCCUACAGCGCCUGAGCGACCACACCACCAGCCUGGAAGUAACGGCGGCGCUCAGGCAGCCGGCGGUGCAGCCACGCCACUGGCAGCAUCUAGUCACUGUCGCAGGGUGCGCCGGCGGCUGGGCCUCAGCGUCGGGGCUGGGCGGCGUGAGCGUCUGGGACGUCUUGGAACUCCGGCUGUCACGCCACCCGCUGCUUGUUGCCUCCACCGUCGCUGCCGCCGUCAGGGAGAGCCUUCUCAGCAGCCAGAUGAGGGAGAUCACCAGGUUUUGGCAGCGCGCAAGACUGUGCGUGCUGACCACCACCUCGGUGUGGCGGGUGGAAGGCCUCGAGGACCAGCUGGCGACCCUCCAGCACCACAACCUCGCCCUAAAGACGCUCAGAGCCACCAAGUACUGCAAGCCUUUCGAGGAGGAGGCGAGACGUCUGGCCAAGACUCUGGUGGCGGUGGGCGACUUGCUGGAGGUGUGGCAGGCGGCCCAGGCUGACAUCUCUCUCCUGCUGUCAGCCGCCGUCAGCAGCCUGAUCGAGGGCUCUUCUAACCUACGAGUCAAGCACAGACAGCUCCUCGAGAGGACAGAGCGCCGAUCCUUCGUGCUGGAGCUGGCGGGGAAUCCCUCGUACGUGGAGGAGGUGUCGGCCCUCCACGGCCUCGCCCGCCGCCUCAUCGCCGAGCUCGCCGACGCCCUUGCGAGACCUCGAAGGCAGUGCCCCCGCCUGUACUUCCUGACGGACCUCGAAGUGAUGGCUCUUAUGGCCCAGCCCUCGCCAGACGCCCUCGACGGCGUCAUCGCCAAGCUGUUUAACAACGUGGCUGCAGUAAAGCACGCGGACGACGCCGUGACAGGCCUGGUGAGCGCUGAAGGAGAACAGCUGAGCUUCCCUGAGGCGGUCGCCCUUGUCGAGGACGUAAAGGGCGGUGGGGAAGCGGGCGUGAAUGUAGGCGUGGGCGUGCAGCAGGUGGUGGAGGCAUCACACGAGGCCAUGAAGAGCGCUGUUCACAAAGCCAUCGAAGAGUUAGGGGAAGAGACCAAGAUGCAACGCGCGAUACUGCAGGAGACGCCCACGGCGGCGAUGACGGUAGCGUGGCGGGUGUGGUGGGCGGCCAGCGUCGACCUCGCUUUACACGCCCGAGCUAAGGGAGACCGCCAGGCAGUGAGGCAGACGCUCAGCGUGAUCACCGACGACAUCGCCGUCGUCCUGGCCGCCAUGGGGCGGGGCCACAGGCGCGUCGCAGGAGCAGGACGCCCCCAAAGACGAUCAGGAGCUAACCCUCUCGUCCAGGAGGAAGCAAUGCCCCUUAGUUCGGCAAGGACGCCGGCAUCUGUUUGUUCUCAGGGCACCAGCAGGAAGGGCUCCCUGCCGCCCCUGCCCCCGCCCCGCAUUCUGCCGCUGCUGAUGGCCACUCUGCACGCUCGCGACGUCGUGGCAAUGCUCGUUCGCAACAACACAAGCACCUCCCGCAGCUUCACCUGGUUAGCUCAGCCCCGGUACACGUGGCAGCCCCAGAACGCGCUUCUCCAGCUGCGCGCCGCCCACCGCGCCCUCGACUACGGCUACGAGUACAGCGGCUGCGGCCCGGCGGAUUAUGUGCUGACGCCGCCCACAGAGCGCUGCUUGCUGGCGCUCUUCACCGCCGUCGCCGCCCACUCACCGCCCCUUCUGCUCGGCGACGUCGACGGCGGAUGCGGGCGGCAGAGUCUGGUCUCGACGGCAUCUCACCUGGCCGGGAGACUCAUUACGUCAUUCACGCUCUCGCCGCUCACCUCAUCGGCGAGCCUCACGGCACUCCUCACAGGAUCAGUGGUGAGCGGAUCCUGGCUGGUGUUGCGGGCGUGCACGGAGGCCUCCCCCAGCCUGCUUGCCACGCUCGCCUCGACGCUGCUGCUCAUGCACCGCGCCCGCACCCACGACACGGCCACGCCCGUCAUCCCGAUCGCUGGCCAGGAAGCCGUGGUGCACCCUGGCGUCGCCGUCAUCCUGUGUGGAAACGAAGCGUCCGUCCAGGCGAGGGGCAAGACGCCCGCUCUUCCGCACUCACUGGACACCCUCUGCCGCCCCAUCAGAGUGUCAGCGCCGCCGCCACGCACGCUCGUCUUCGCCUGGCUCUUGGCGCACGACGUACCCAAGGCGCAGGAGGCAAGCGAGGCCGUGGCCGAGGUGACGCGACAGGUGCUGGAGUCUUACCCAGGCCUCGCGAGACCGGGCCUGCGUCUGUACCAGCGGGUCACCAAGGAGGUCGUGUGCUCGAUGGCCGCCCUCGCCGACGCCCUCUCGCCGCUCGAAGCCGCCAUCGCCGCCUUCAGGCAGGUGAUGCUCCCUCGCCUCCCCAUCGACUCUCGGCCGAACAUCGCCAGCGUCCUCGACCUGCUCAGCCCCGCGCCCAUCGCCACUCCUUCGUCGCGUAGACAACAGGGAGGCUUCCUCAGUGGAUUCUCAAAAGACCACAUCCACACGCUCACCCAAAUGAGAGAAAAGUAA